AUGAAUUUCUUUAAAACGUUUGUAUCAAAUUAUAAGUAUCAUGUAAUUUUUAAUUUAAGAAUAAAAUCAUUUUGUUUUAAUUUUAGCACAUUAUGUGGUAAGUACAAUAAAAGUGAUAAAAGGAAGUUUCUGGUUUUUUCGAAUAAACCUAUAAAGGGAUAUGAUACCCAAAAAAGGCCUUUAAGAAAAAAAGUUACACAUAUAAAUAAAAAGGAAGAAGAGAAAAUAAAAAAUUUUGAAAAUAAGAACAAUUUAAAAUAUAGAAAUAUAAAAAGUAUAAAACAAAAUAAUAAUAUAUAUCAAAAAAACAUUCAAACAUCUUAUAAUAAUGAAAACAUAUUUUUAAACAAAUUAAAUUAUAAUGAUGAUGAAAAUAAAAAAGCAGACACAUACAAUGAAAAAUAUAUAAUGGAUGUAAGUCACAUAAAAAAUAUGUACGUGCAAAAUUGUUUAAAGAAAAAUAAUAUUUUUUAUAUUUAUACAUAUCAAUAUUUAUUAAUUGAAUUAUUAAGAUGUAAUAAAAAUGUUCUAACAUACUUAAUACAUUCAGAUUGUAUAAUAUCAUAUAUUAUAUAUAGCUUUUAUAAAAUAAAUACAGAAAUGUCAAAUAAUAUAUAUGAUAAUAAAUAUGUAAAUUAUAAUAAAAAUCAAAAUGUAGAUGAUAUAUUGUCUAUAUCAAAUCCAUCUAAACAUAAAGAUUUAAACAUAUUAAAACAUGAAGGAAAAAAGGGAAAAAAAAAAUUAUCUUAUUCACAGAAUAGUGUAUUAUUAAUAGUUUCAUCACAAGAACAAAUAAGUUUAAUAUAUGAAACAAUUGUAAAAUUAAAAAGUGAUCAUAUAUCUACAUAUAUUAUUAAUAAUGAAAAUAAUAUUAAUAAUAUAAGAAAUCAUCUAUUUUUAUAUAAUAUUAUUAUAAUGAAUAUUGAACAUAUAAAAGACGAUUAUGAUUUUAAAAUAUUUCUGGAUCAUAUAGGUUUCCUUGUAGUUGAUGAUAUAUAUGAAAUAUAUAAGAAAAAAAAAACAAAAUUAUUAAAAAAUAUUUUAAAAGAUUGUAAAGAAAAACAAGAAACAGAUAGUUUUUUUCAAAUUUUAUUGAUAAAUAAAAUAUUUGAUGAAUGGUUAUCGAAUGAUAUUCUACAAUAUUUAAAGAGUAUAAAUUAUAAUAUUUAUCAUGAAAAAAAAAAAAUGAAUCAAUAUAAUUUUUUAAAUGAUAAUAAUAGUUAUUAUAAUAAUGUAAAUACAUUUCAUUGUGUUAACUUAAUGCAAUAUAAACCAAAAAUUGAAAGACACAUGAGUAUAUAUGUACCUUUAAAUGAUGAAAAGAAAUUUUUAAUCUUAUUCAAUAUUUUACAUAAUAAUAAAAAUAAAAAAAGAAUAUUAAUUUAUUAUAAUAAAAGUGAUAUAUAUUCAUUUUAUUUAUAUCUUAAUUCGUAUAUACCAUGUAUAUUUUUCUCUAAUACACUUAAAAUAAAUUAUACAAAAAAUUUUCUACAUUUAUUUAAUACUACUAAUGAUUAUAUAUUAAUAACGAAUGAUAAAACAAUAAACAAAUUUUAUGAUCUACGAGUUAAUUUAUAUAUACAUUAUACACUUGAUGAUGAUAUCACAACAUAUAUGGAUAUAUUAUCAAAUCAUUCAAUAAUUAAUUUAAUUAAUGUAAAUCAAAAUAAUAAAAAUAUACAAAAAAGACAUCAUAACAAUGGGAAGAAUAACAACAAUAAUAAUUAUGAUGGUGAUGGUGAUGAUGGUGGUGUAUAUAUAAAUUAUAAAAAUGUUAAUGAACAAAUAAACAGUUCUUAUGAUAUAGAGUCUAUUUUAUUUUAUAACAAGAAACAAUAUAAAACAUAUAAUAUAUUAAACAAUCUUGUUAAUUUUUCAACAUAUCCUUUACCUACCAUAAAAUAUAUGAAAUAUAAUUUUAUGAAUUUCUUAAUACAAGAAAUUCAAAAUACACUUAUUGAUGAUAAUAAACAUAUAACAGAAGCUGAAAAAAUAUAUGAAAAAUAUGGACACACAUUUAUAUCUGCAGCAUUAUACUAUAUACAAAAAAAAAAAUUAUUUCAUACAAAUAAUAGGUGUAAAAGUAAAACUCAAUAUGAACAUUUUUCAAAUAUACAUUUUAUUAUAGAAAAGAAUGUUUCUAUAAAUACUAAAGCUCAAUUAAUGACUUUCUUAAAUGAACUUUUAAAUUUUAAUAAAUCUAUAGGUGAUAUCAAUUUCUUUAUUCAAAAUUAUAUAUAUAGUAAAAGAGGAUAUAUUUUAUCUAUUCCUGAGCAUAUAUAUAAUAUAUUACACAAAAAUAAAAAUGCUAUUGAAAAUGUUGAAAAAUAUAAGCACAUACAUAUGUAUAUUUUAUAUAACAAUUAUCAAAGGGAUUUUAAAUGUAGUAGUGUCAAAAGGGGAGAAUACAAGUCAAAAAAAGCAAAAAGACGGUUGAUGAAACGGAUAAACGUCAAAAAGGAACAAAUAGAAAUUAAUAAGUUAAAUAAAAAAUUGGCUAGUAGUUUUAAAAUAAGAAAAAGAAAUGUAAAAAAUAAUAUGGAGUCUAUAAAAAAAGCAAUGGAAAUGUAG